GGUCAGUUUCCUAGCCAAGGUCAAAUGCAAGGUCAGCUGUCCGGCCAGGGCGAACUGCAAGGUCAGGUUCCUAGUCAAGGACAAAUGCAAGGUCAGCUGCCCGCCCAGGGAGAAAUGCAAGGUCUGUCUCCCAGCCAAGCCCAAAUGCAAAAUCAACUUCCUAGCCAAGUACAAAUGCAAGGUCAGCUGCCCAGUAACGGCGAAAUUCAAAAUCAAUUUCCCAGCCAAGGCCAAAUGCAAGGUCAGUUACCCGGUCAAGGAGAAAUGGCUGGUCAAAUGCCCAGCCAGGGUGGGAUGCAAGGUCAGUUUCCUAGCCAAGGUCAAAUGCAAGGUCAGUCGCCCGGUCAGGGUGAAAUGCAAGGUAUGUCUCCCAGCCAAGGCCAAAUGCAAGGUCAGUUGCCCGGUCAGGGCGAAAUACAAGAUCAAAUGUCCAGCCCGAGUGGAAUGCAAGGUCAAGGAGGUUAUCAAGCCUCUGGUGAAACGAGUGAGGCACAAUUAGGUGGACAUGGUAAUAUUGUACCUGGCCCCAGAAGUGACUUGUCCAUUACGAGCUCAACAAAUAGUGGGGUUCCAGGAUCUACCACCAACCUUCCUCCUGGACAGCAGCAACCAUCGGGACAAUCUACUUAUCAAGGUCAAGGUCCUUCUUCGUCGUCUACAGGUGGACCAAGUGACACCAGCAACAAUGCACAAGGUGGCCUCUUCUCAUCCUGGUUUGGAGGUGGUGGUGGUGGUCCAACAAGUGGCGACGCUGGGACCAUUGCUGCGGCGAAAGACUUGGCCCGACGAAGUCAAGAAGUUCUCAAUGUUCUCUCACAAUCACGAAACCGUGACCAAGAGGCUGGAGAUAAUGCGGACUGGGCUCGUGCCGUUCGUGACUUUAUUGACGGACAUGUCACAAUUAUUCGGCGGCUGCUUAAUGGCGAAAUCACAAUCUCUGAAGCGAACGGGACCGUUUGCGCCCUUACAGUGUCUCUCGUCGUUGGUUUAGUCAUCGGGUAUGCGAUCGCGCGUUCGAUUGGGCUUUGUGGUGGGGGCAACUCCAUUUCUGGGGGUGGAACAGGUGCCCAUAUUGACAGAAUAACUGCGCUCGAAGGCAAACUUCCCUUCUCUCUGACCGAUGGACCUGAUCCUGGUUUUGGCAAAUGUACGACUCGAUGAAAGGUUUUUGAAGAUAAUGAAAAACCACAAGGGUCAUAAAUUGUAUAAAGGAAUGAACUCAAGCAAAUCGAUUUUUACAUACUAUUAAACACCUUGAAUAAAAUAUAUUUCUGAUUAAAAUAACUUCAAAUAAAUUCACAAUUCAACAAUAGAAAUAAGUACAAUUCAUUUCGUCAAUUUUUACUUGAAAUUCUAAAUAA